AUUUUGGGCUAAAUCCUGACCAACUCCCUGUGCACACACAAAUGCACUCUAUUUGAAGCUAUUCUUUCAUGCACCAUGUUCUAUAGCUCUUCACUUGCAUAGGGGGUAGGGUGCUGUUAGGGAUGGAUCCAUGCUCUUUUCCUUUGUGUUCAUUCGCCCGGCUGGAGGAGGAGAAGAAGGAGAAGAAGAAGGAGGCGCACUCCCCCGCGCGGACUGCUGGUAAACUUGCACGAGGGUUUGGUUUCCACCCAUAAUCCCUUUCUCUCGCCAUCCUGUCGGUGUUGACAAAGAGCCGAGCGGGACGGAGGGAUGCUCAUCACGGAGGUCCAGUCUCAGUUAAACCCGUCUGUCUGAAAUUGGCCUGCUCUUCCUCGGCAGAAGGCGACGCCGGACAGCGCGCGCGGCGUGGCCGACCCGUUGCGGUCGGCUCCGUGGGAGAACAAAGUCACCAGGAGACGCGGCUGGAGUGCGGUUAUGAUCAUCAUCAGUGCCGGGGUAUUAACACACGGAACCGCGGCCGCAGCCCGCUGGGCUCCCUGACGGUUUUGGGUGUUAACAGAGCAGUGCACAGCCGCCAAGCUGGACCUCAACGGAGACCCGUCGUUCUCGCGGCGCCUCGCGGGGCCCAAGCCGUGCAUGAAGCGCGAGAGCAUGGGCCGCUGUGACGGGAGGUGCACGCUGGUGGUCAUCUGCUCCUUGCAGCUGCUGGCAGUGCUGCAAAGGCAGGUGUUUGAUUUCCUGGGCUAUCAGUGGGCUCCUAUUUUGGCAAACUUUCUUCACAUCCUGGCUGUUAUUCUGGGAGUGUUCGGGACGGUGCAAGUCCGCUCACGGUAUCUUAUACUGUAUGCAGUAUGGCUAGUGGUCUGGGUUGGUUGGAACGCUUUUAUUAUCUGUUUCUACCUUGAGGUGGGCUACCUGUCUCAGGAUCGAGAUUUCCUGAUGACAUUUAAUACCUCUUUACAUCGCUCAUGGUGGAUGGAGAAUGGGCCUGGUUGCUUAGUUACAACAGUACCUGACUCCCCAUUGGCUCCACAAGACCAUCAUGUGAUCACGGUCAGUGGCUGCCUGCUGGACUACCAGUACAUAGAGGUGGUCAGCUCUGCCCUGCAAGUGUUCCUCGCACUUUUUGGCUUUGUAUAUGCCUGCUAUGUUAGCAAAGUCUUCCUGGAUGAUGAGGACAGCUUUGAUUUCAUUGGAGGGUUUGACUCAUAUGGGUAUCGGCCUCCACAGAAGAGUUCCCACCUACAGCUGCAGCCUCUUUACACGUAGGGCUGGGUAGGAAGACAUGGACAGUCCCGGAGCAGAACUCUAUAGAGAUGCCGUCCUGUGCAUUGUGGGUUACAGUAUAUAGUUCUACAAAAUUGUCCGUGUUUCUUAAACUGUCUCCCUCUGCUGGCAGAAAAAUAAACUGCAGCACAGACACUGUGCAUUCAGUGAGUCACUGUGAGAGAAAGGCUAUGGGUGAAAGCUUGUACUGCCACACUACGUAGUGUAUGUAUUUGUGUACUUAAGAUGUUGAAGUGCACAGACUAUUUAGCAAAUUUCAGAUACAUAACUAGGAUUUAUUCCACAGAAUGCAGUUCAAUUUCAAAUUCACAGAACAUUGCAGUUGACAGCUAUGAUUAUGGUGUGCUUCCACUACACUGUUCGUCAUUUUUUAAUUUCUUUUAUUUAUUCUUUUUUUUUUUGUUUGUUUGGUUUUUUUUUUACUAAGACCUCAUUGACACUUUUUUUAGUGUUAAGUACAUACAAUAUUGUAUGUAAUGUGAUCAGAUGACAAUGUACAUUUUGCCCAUUGCCUGUGGGGGAGGGAGACAAAGCAGGCAAACCAGUAACUGACAAUGCCAUUGUUUUGCCUAUUUGCCUAAGCAUUGUGGGGGAAGAUGUGAGGACUCCGAUCCUUUCGCCAUGUGUGCAUUUGUGUGUAUGUUUAGUGUUAUUUGCGGGGAGGAUAACAUUUGACCCAGGUAACCUUUGAACUCUUUUCUGCUCCUUCAACUCCAGUGUGUGUGAGAGAUUUUUUUUUCUUUAUACUAUGACUUAAGCCAAUACAGUGUAAUGUUUUAGGUGACAAUUUUAGAUUGGCUAGUUGUGUAGUUGGGGAAUGUCGUAGGAUUUUCUGCAUGUAAAUAUCGGAAAGAUUGUAGAGAGAAUGUACAUUGGUGUGGAUCUCGCUCAAAUGUGCAUAAGUGUAUGUAUGAGUGGAUUAAAAUUAUGUUCUUGUCCACUUUAGGAUGAAUGUGAGUAGCCAUAAUUGUUUU